ACCUACGCCGGCGCCGGCUUCUUUGAUUUGUUCAACUUCUUCGACCAGCCCGACCCGACGCACGGCAGCGUCACGUACGUCAACGCCGCGACGGCCAAGGCGCUCAACUUGACGACCGUGUCGAGCACCGGCACGGCCAUCAUCUCGAUCGACCGCAAGAGCCGCCUCGCCCUCGGCGAGCCGCGCAACUCGGUGCGCAUCGAGAGCAUGGAGGUGUACCAGCCGGGCAACCUCAUCAUUCUCGACCUGAAGCGGGCACCUGACGGCCCAGCCACAUGGCCGGCGUUCUGGAUGUACAACUACCCGUGGCCCGAGUCGGGCGAGAUCGACAUCUACGAGGGCGUCAACUGGCGCAGGUUCAACCAGUACACGCUGCACUCGUCGCCUGGUUGCACGCGCAGCUCGAACGUCCCGAUGACGGGCGUCACGAACGGCGUCGACCCGAACUGCAACGCCGGCAACGGCGGCCUCGGCUGCACCGUGUACGACUACGACACGACCUCGUACGGUCGCGGCUUCAACAGCGCCGGCGGCGGCGUUUUUGCCGUCCUCUUUGCCGAAACUGGCAUCUCGAUCUGGCGCUGGCAGAGGGCCAACGUCCCGGCCGACGUGCAGAGCGGCGCGCCAAGGUGGAGCACGUGGGGGACGCCGGUGGCCGCUUUCGACGGCUCGACGUGCGACACGAGGACGUUCUUCCGCAACCAGAAGCUCACCUUUGACAUCACCACGUGCGGCGACUGGGCGGGCAACCAGUACGUGUGGCAGGACUACGACGCGUCGGGCCCGGUCUACCCAAAGUAUCAAUCCUGCGCCUCGGCCAACACGGACCCGCUCGCGUUCAGGAACGCCUACUUCGAGGUCAACUACCUCAAGGGUGCGUCCCGGCUGUCUCCUCUUUCUCUCUAUCUCUCGGUCGAGGCCGCAGAGCGACGAGCUCACGCCUCUUUCUCGCCGUCGCGCGCAGUUUUCGGCGUCUGA